AUGUUACUAUUUGGCGGUCCUCAGCAACUCCGUCUGUCUUGUGACAGGUGCCAUAAGAGAAAGCAGCGCUGCACUCGCACCGCACCCAGCGACGAAAAUCCCUGUCGUCGCUGCAAAGAAGCAGGUGAAAAGUGUGUCUUUAGUCCUCCUCUCCGGCUGGGCCGGCCCAGCAAACGGCAGAAGCAAGAAGGCAAGCUCGAAGAAACCAGUUACAGAGGUCAAGAAGGCAGCUUCUUGGCAGUUUCGAAUCAAGACCUUUCAGGAACAACUGCAACAGAAACAACAGCAUCAUCUACAACUACACAAGACGAGAACAUCUCGGGGCUAGAGACUUCUUCGCCAUUUUCCAUUGACGGUAUGGGAGAGAUGGAAACCUCUUCUGCAGACCAGCACGAGCUCGCUUGUACCGCCUCCUUAUUGAAUCACAAUAUUGUGGCAAAGUCUUUCGAAGUCUGGCCACUGCCUCUAGAUAAUUACACCGACCCGACAAUAUCAGUCACAACGCCCGGCUUGUUCCGCGGACAAUCUACAAUCUACAACGACGAAACUUGGUCUGAUCUAUUCGACGACAAAGCACACUCGGAGCCUCCAACUUCUUCUCACAUAGACCCGUUAGAUCCAUCUCUGAUGAUGUUGCCUGGAGCCUCGGCCAGCGACUCUGCGAUAGGAUCAAUAGACCACUGCCCUUCCGACAUUGCAGAAUCGCCAAUUAUGGACCCGAUAUCAAUGCUUUCUCAAAUACAAUUAAAGCUCCAUGGGAUUCAAACUCGAAGACCGCCCCACGCAGCAGAGCUUCAGAUCGUUGUGAACCAAACUGUACAAAUUGCUCAGAAGUUCAUGGAGGUCUUGAAUCAGAUCUUACCACCACGCACAGCCGAUUCUAACAACUCCAUGUCCACGGCCGACGCACAACAAUACGACCUCACAGAUUUUGUGCCUGUCCAGAUCGGUAGCUUGCAUACAGUGGUCAGCCCACGGCUACAAAUUGCGCUGUUAGUGCAGUUGAUCUCGCAGCACACGGAGGAAAUUAGGCACAAGACUCGCCAAUUGGCAACGAGAGUCGAAACUCGGUCCAACAUGGACCCGAGCCUUAAUAACAUCAUUGGCAAGGAUAUCCGGGGCGAGGAAGAAGACUUGCGGGACAGACUGGACUCAAUAUCAGAGAGGCUGAAGAUGCAUUCACAGUUUCAGGACCACCGGAGCCUCGACCGAUAG